GACGGAGACGGUCGCUCUGCUCCAACUGCCUGCGAUAGAAAGAGAGAAAGCGAACGUCGGCGCUUUUAGAUUUGUUAUUGUUUGUUACACUGCGAAAUGUUAUUAUUAUUGCUAUUGCCACGCAGCAUGGCGCAACGGCAAAGAAAGAGCUGAUAAAGGCUGAUAAAAACGGAAAAGAAAAAUAGGGUAAACAAGAAACGGAGUGUAGUGCAAAAGUUGAACGGAAAUUGAUAAGCUGUGAGAAAUAAUAAUAAACCAUCGGCGACGACGGCAACGGCUACUGUGAAAGCUGCACAGAAUCUCAACUGCACUUUCCUACCAAAUGUAACUCGAGAAGUGGAAGCCUGCAGCCACCAGAAUGCCCAGAUAGCAGUUCCAGGAUUACGAUCCCGAUCUCAUUCAUCGAAACAACACUUUGAGCACUCUACUCUCCUUCAGUGAAAUAACUCCAGAACUCAAAGUAAUCGAAGGCUUUAAAACAUGGCUCACUUCAGUGGACAACGGCAGCCGGCGGAGGUGCCAGCCCAUUUUAAAAAUCUCUUUACCAACGGGCAGCUGGGAGCAGCGGAGGACAACCACAAUGGGGACAACAACGAGCAGGAGAAUCAACAGAAUAAUGCCAAUAAUAACAAUGGAUCAUCGGAUCCCUCCUGCUGGGUCUUUGGCUACGGAUCCCUCUGCUGGCAUCCGGGAUUCACCUACACCAAGUGCAUCACUGGUUACAUCCGCGGCUACGUGCGUCGCUUCUGGCAGGGAAACGUCACCCAUCGCGGCAACGAGGAGAAGCCUGGACGUGUUGCAACGCUCGUUGAGGACAAAGAGGGCAUUACUUGGGGCUGCGCUUAUAGAAUAACAGGUAGCACGGCUCUGGAGUAUCUCAAGCAGCGUGAAUGUACGCUGGGUGGCUAUGCAACAAUUGACACCAAGUUCUUCCCCCGCGUUGCCUCCCAGGACACACCAUUCAGCGGAGAGGCAGUCGAAGUCCUUGUGUAUAUCGCCACUCCAGAAAACGUCCAUUGGUUGGGUGACGGUCCAGUUGAGGAGAUUGCCAAACAGAUAGUUAUCUGCCGCGGACCGAGUGGUCACAAUGCGGAGUACCUGCUUCGACUGGCCAUGUUCAUGCACGAGGAGAUACCCGGCGUGAGAGAUGAUCACCUGUUCCAGCUGGAGCGGCUGGUACUGGAAGAGCUGUACCGCUGCAACAUACCUCUGUCGUCUGUGAUGGGUCGCAAUCCAGAUAGGAUACGACGCGACUCCCACGAGGACAUCCGCCGCCCGCCCUCAUUCGAGUUCACAUCCCGCGUGCCUGAUACAAAGUUGCGGUGCCUGAACAUUUGAUUGCGGGUGUGCUGGCAUUGGACGAUGGCGGAAGAUAGUGUUCGCCGGAAAGUGAGAGCAGCAGCAAGUGCUAGUGAUAUGCAGGCCGCGUUUAUGGCUACAGCCAAUUCCAAAUUCUUGAUCGACAUUUUAGCUUGUUAGAAGAAACCAGAGUCUAUCGCCAAAUUCGACGUAUUCUUUAUAUUGUAAUUAAUCCUAGGCCUAAUCGUAAGCAGAAAAUCCUCGAGAAGUGAUCUGAUUUAGCCACUAAGCUAGACUUAAGCCAGUUCGUAAGCACAAAAAAACUUUUUACACGAAAAACUAUCAGGGAGAUAAAUAACAAACAAAAGUAAUUAACACAA